GCCGUACAGAAGUCCUAGGAGUGGGGGAUGCGUCGAAUGUAUUUUGUGAGCGAAGAAAGGAAGGAAGACGGAGUUCGAAAAUGUGUGGUGGGGGACGCUAUACCUUUGUUGCCAGCGUGAAGUAGUACACAUGACUUAAAGCUAAGCGGAGAAAAUUACUUUUUGAGCAGCAGGAAGUUACGCGCAGAGUGAUAUACAGAAUGGCAGCCAGGCAGUUGCGCCAGAGUCCGAGUCAGUCCCAGUGUCGACGCGUGAGCACUGGGCGCGAGGAGCCGGAUGACGACUCGGAUUCGGAGGAGCCCAACAUCGGCCUGAAGAGGCCAGAUGAUGCCCAGCCGCAGAUCAUCCACAGCGGACACUUCAUGGUGUCUUCCCCGCACAUCGAGCACCCGCCCAAGAAGGGCUACGACUUCGACACGGUGAACAAGCAGACGUGUCAGACUUACCACUUCGGCAAGACGAGCACGGCGCACUUCUCAAUCGACGCGUCCCUCACCAAGCUCUUUGAGUGCAUGACUCUGGCGUACAGUGGGAAGCUAGUGUCCCCAAAAUGGAAGAAUUUCAAGGGCCUCAAGCUACUGUGGAGAGACAAGAUCCGACUGAACAAUGCCAUCUGGAGGGCCUGGUAUAUACAGUAUGUAGAGAAGAGGGAGAAUCCAGUCUGCCAUUUUGUCACUCCUCUGGAUGGUACCAUGGCCUCGGAUGAUCAUCGUCCGUCUGAGACCACCACCGCUACAGAAGGCAAAUACUGGAAAAGGAGAAUUGAGAUUGUUAUCCGAGAAUAUCACAAGUGGAGAACAUACUUCAAGAAAAGGUUACAGAAACACAAGGAUGAUGAUCUUUCCAGCCUACUCAAGGGAGCGGAAGAGCAGUUCUCACUUUUUGGGGAGGUCUUUCCAGACGCCAUCCGUGUCUCCCUUUGUCAGGACGAGGAGCUGUCCUUCCGCCGCGGGGCUCGCAAGAGUCGUGACUCACCAGUACCCAUGGAAAUGGAGCAGCUCUUUGACAUGGACAUGCUCAUGUCUGAGUUCUCAGACACGUUGUUUUCCACACUGGCCUCCCACCAGACUAUUGGCUGGCCCAACCCCAGGGAGAUUGCGCAUGCUGGUAAUGCAGACAUGAUCCAGCCUGGACUCAUCCCACUGCAGCCCAACUUGGACUUCAUGGACACGCUUGAGCCUUUACAAGAUUUGUUUCACGCCUUUCGGCAGCCAGUAAUUCCCUCCCUGUCCUCAGCUGCCUCAUCUGUGGCCCAUUUAACAGCCAGUGUCUCUCAGACUCCGACUACCCUGCUGCCAUCCAUUGACCUUCCAACAGACCUCCCAUCCGUCAGCCUAGACCACAGGGCCAUCUCACCGGACCCUGUAUCCAUAGUCUCAGCCAGUAACAGCAACAGAAGCAGUGCUACUCCUGCCUAUAGACAGAACUACAUGCCUGUCUUACCCAGGCUGGUGGUUACAGGGCCAGGUCCUGUUGUUUCUGCACCUGUGGCUCCACCCCUGAUGCAAACGGCAUCCCCUGCCCUUCCUCCUCUCAGCCACCCAAUACUGAGCCAGGAUUCUGCAGUGACCCCACUGGCUGUCCUGAACAGCUCCCAACCCCCAUCAGUCAUCACCCACACAGCAUCUUCCACAGUCACACCCAGUGAUGCUGCCACGACCUUCAGUCAGAGCUCUGCAUUUGCAGCGCCAAGGGCUUCCUGCAGACCCACCACCCAGCUACAGACAACCAUACCUACUCUGCAGCCUGCUGUACAACCCAGCAUGCAGCUGACACAAACUUUUGCCCUGCCCAGGCCCAUCCAGUCUUCCAGUACAAGCAAGAAAACAAGACGCAUCAAGCCUAUUGCUUCCCACACUAUCUCUUCACCUCACCUCAUUUUGGCACCUUUUCCAGGACAGCACAGCACCUUGAUUGUUACACACAACCCGUUAAAGGCCGAAGUUGUCUCCAAGUCUGGUGUCUCUACUUCUUCCUCAAAUGUUGGAACGGCACCUGGAUUUCAUAUCCUUGCACAGACUCAGAAAUCACCACAGCUUAUUGUUCCCAAGGAAGAAAUGGCUGCCUCCUCAACCAACUGCCAGACACAGACAUCUUCAUCCAGCACAGGGCGAGAUGGGCUCUGCUCUGGUCAGGGAUCACCAUGUGGGCCUGAAUUUCCAGUCACACCCAGUCCAGUUCCCAGUCAGUCACCUCACACCCCUAAUCAAGUUCCUAGCCCCCAGUCACCCCACAACACUUGCACUAGUCUGACCAAGAAUGAACCGAACCAGGGUCGAAGAGUAAAUCACAUUUCUGCUGAACAAAAAAGACGUUUCAACAUAAAUAUCGGGUUCAAAACGCUUUGUGGUUUGGUGCCAACCUUGAAGUCUCAGACCAAUUUGAAACCGAUCAGCAAUGCUACAACCUUGCAGAAGACGGUGGAGUACAUCAGUAAGCUCCAGCAGGAGAGAAUGCAGGUUCAAGAGGAGAUGAAACGGCUGCGUGAGGAGAUUGAGGAACUCAACAGUUCCAUCAACUCAUGUCAGGAGCAGCUGCCAGCCACAGGGGUCCCAAUUACACGACAUCGCAUUGAUCACAUGCAGGAGAAAUUUGAUGAGUAUGUGAAGACCAGGACCCUUCAGAACUGGAAGUUCUGGGUUUUUAGCAUCAUCAUCAAGCCACUGUUUGAAUCCUUCAACGGGACAGUGUCCACCUCCAGCAUGGAGAAACUGUGUCAGACGACAGUAGAGUGGCUGGACCGGCACUGCACCCUACCUGUGUUGAGACCCAUGGUUUUGAGCACUCUUCGGCAUCUGAGCAUCAGCACCUCCAUUCUGACUGACCCCUCCCUACUGCCUGAAGAAGCAAAGCAGGCCGUGUCCAGUCCAUACCAGCAGCCCGGCCAAUCCUAGUCAGAUUACGGGGUGUGUUAGGGCAUGGAGCUUUCAUAGCAGUGGCUGUAGGGGAGGAAGUUUCCGGUUUGUACAGUGGAGAGUUUUUUGAAAGCAGAACUGAUAAAAAGGGUAGUGAUAGGUGGGGGGGUGAGAGAACUAUGUCCUCACUGCAUUUUUCCAGCUCUGCUGCCUCUUACCAUAAAUACUUGCAUUGAUUGUUGAAUAUCUGGCUUUCUGAGCCCCUCUGCAGUUGGGUGCUUGCUCACUAUGGCUUUACAUCCUAUGCUGUUCCUAGUGGUAUUAAUGCCAGUUACUACAGGAAUGAUAACCACGAAAUGCGCUGCACAAAAAGUUUGCAAGAGAAUGCUGCACACAAGCAUGUUUUAAGAUGUUUGCCUUUUUCAUGUUAGCAUUUAAAUGUUGAUUCCCUCAUACACAGAUGUAUACAGACACUGAGCUCAGAAGAGACCACACUUUUUCUGUGCCACCGCAGUGUUUGGUUUCCAUCUCAUUUAUAAAAUUAAUACUGUGGUGGAGGGAAAAGCAGCAUCUGAACUCUGUACCUCCACCAUUUGCUUUAACACACUACGUAACCCCGCACAGAUCUGUACUACCAAGAUCCCACGCUUGUCGUCUGGUCCCCCUCAUCAGUUUCAGAAUGCUUUGCAGAAAGGAAAUUCCAUUUCUGUUACGCUCAUCAAAAGACUUCAGUGAGAAAGGCCACCUGACCAGCAUCCCAGAUGUCACUGAGUUAUUUUCUUUCUUAAGUUGCUGGACUGUGAAGCAUUAUCACAGUGCAUGAGAGGGAGUUCCUUUCCUUGCAAUAAACAGUCAGAAAAAAACAUUAAUUGAUAAUUUUUUCUUGUCUGCUCAGGGAUGUCAAGGUGAGCUUAAUGAGUAUUUGACAAGCUAUACAUAAACACUUUUCUUUUACACAGAAGUAUAUAUAUUUAAUACAUUUAUUAAAACACUCCAAAUUAUUAAAAUAACACGACAAACUAUCAGCACUUCAAUGCAAGAAAUCGAGGGUGUCAGUUCUGAAGGGUCAUGGGGUUUUGUGUGUGUGUGUGUCACUAAAGUGUUUUGAUGAGUGUAGCAGAAAUGGAAUUUCCUUUCUGCAUAUAUGGGGGGCACGGUGGUGUGGCGGGUUUGGCCUCUGCCUUCUCUGGCAGGUCUGGGG